GCAGAUAAUGGCGAUGACCGGUCUGAGAGCAUCCUUGCUGAGAACCAUGUGGAUGGCACCAUGGGGAUCCUGAGCGGAGCCGGUGGGAGGAAGCCCGUGAAGACAGGCAUGAAGGAGCUGGCGGUUAUGAUGGAGAAGGUGAACGAGCAGCAGCGGCAGAUGGGCAAAGUUGGCAAGGUCCAUCCCAACCACGAGGACUCGAAGAAGUCGCGGCUGUCGACGGGCAGGACCCCUUGUCAGCAGGAGCUGGAUCAGGUCCUGGAACGCAUCUCCACGAUGCGGCUGCCGGAUGAGCGAGGUCCCCUGGAGCACCUCUACUCCCUCCACAUCCCCAACUGCGACAAGCAUGGCUUGUACAAUCUCAAACAGUGCAAGAUGUCGGUGAACGGGCAGCGUGGCGAGUGCUGGUGCGUGGACCCCAUCCACGGGAAGGUGAUCCAGGGCGCACCCACCAUCCGCGGGGACCCCGAGUGCCACCUCUUCUACACAGCCCACGAGCAGGAGGACCGGGGAGCACAUGCCCUGCGGAGCCAGUAGACGGACGUGAUCCUGCUUGCUGGAGGUGGCUCACCGUGGCCCCAGUGCUGGAUUUUACAUGGGUUUCAGCGUGUCUCUUUAGGCUCUGGAAGAGACUGGGGUUGGGUCCUGCGUGCUGCCUUCCUUCCCCUGCUGCCUGGCUCCUGGGGAGGGGAGGGAUAACGGGAGGAG